GGAGUUUAGGGAAAUGCCUGAUACGAGUGUUCGAAAGGACCCAGUGACUUUAUGUUUAUAUGAAAUAUGAAGCUAUUUUGGCACCUUGACGCUUCCAUAUGUCCUUAGUUAAUACCCGUCUCUGCAGAAUUAGAGAUUUGAUGGCAACGGCCUUUAGCCGCCUGUUUUGGAUCAGGCUCUGGAGUGGACGCCCCUAGCAGAGGGGUCCUCUGGGCAGCCCGAGACCGACGGGAGACGGCAGCGAUGGCGUCGGGGCCGGGCGGAUGGCUUGGACCGGCGUUUGCACUGCGCCUGCUGCUGGCCACCGUGCUUCAAGAGGUGUCUGCGUUCAGGGCAGAGUUUUCAUCAGAGUCUUGCAGAGAAUUAGGCUUCUCCAGCAACUUGCUCUGCAGUUCCUGUGACCUUCUCGGACAGUUCAACCUUCUUCAGCUGGAUCCUGACUGUAGAGGAUGCUGCCAGGAAGAAGCACAAUUUGAAACCAAAAAGCUGUAUGCAGGAGCUAUUCUUGAAGUCUGUGGAUGAAAAUUGGGGAGGUUCCCUCAAGUCCAAGCUUUUGUCAGGAGUGAUAAACCCAAACUAUUCAGAGGACUACAAAUCAAGUAUGUUCGUGGUUCAGACCCUGUGCUGAAGCUUUUGGACGACAAUGGGAACAUUGCUGAGGAGCUCAGCAUCCUCAAAUGGAACACAGACAGUGUAGAAGAAUUUCUGAGUGAAAAGUUGGAACGCAUAUAAAUCUUGCUUAAAUUCUGUCCUAUCCUUUUGUUACCUUGUCACAUGAAAUAUUACAGCACCUAGAAAACAGUUUUGCUUUCUUCCAUCGAUCAGUCUUUUACUGUGAGGCAUUAAACCGCUAAUUAAAAGUUGAAGUGGCAGCACAGCCCAUGAUAUGUGAGGAGUCAGCAAGCUUAACAAAACCCAUUUUUUAUAAAUUUCCAUCCUCCUACGUUUGUCGAUACCACUAACAGAAUGCUUCGUAAUAGUCCUGUGGUUAAUUAUGCAAAUGAUAGUUUGUGAUAAUCGGUCCAGUUUUACGAACAACAGAUUUUUAAACUAGGGAGGUUAAUAAGGGAGGUGAAUACUCUGCCUCGUGUGCUGUGCGCUCUUUGAACGCAGUGACAGAAAACCACAAAGCAGGUGAGAUUACACAGAGCCUCACCAGAUUGCCUGCUGCUCAGAUCCUCUCUCAUUUUUGUAUUACCCAGCUUUCCUUUUAAUAGAAAUGUUAUAGUUUAUAAUGAAUGCACUGCAUAAAAACUUGAUGGCUUCAUUAUUGUGAAACAGAUUCAAGAUCUAUGGUAAGAGUGAAACAUUCACACAGAGAUUCGCAUUAAUGAAGACUACACAGAAAACCUUUUUGAGGAUUUGUGUGGAUCUGAUAUUUAGCAAAUUUUUGUGCUUUACGUUCUUACAGCAGA